AUAUCCUUUUAGGUUUAAUGAAAAGAUUGAUCAAACAUCGAGCUUCAGAUUUGAAAGUUCUCAUCACUUCGGCGACUCUUGAUGGUUUGAAAGUGUCAAAUUUCUUCUCAAGAUGCCCUGUGUUGAACAUCCCUGGAGCUAUAUUCCCUGUGGAGAAGUUUUACAGCACAGACCGUCCAACAAAUUAUAUCGAAUCCUCUCUCAGAACAGCUAUAGAUAUCCAUGUUAAGGAAGCUCCUGGGGAUGUAUUAAUAUUUAUGACAGGAAAGGAUGACAUCGACAAGAUGGUGUCAAAAUUGGAGGAAAGAAUUCAAAAUCUCGAGGAAGGUUCUUGUAUGGAUGCUCUUGUUCUCCCACUCCAUGGUUCUUUGCCACCUGAACAGCAGGCAAUCAGUUAAUCUUCCA